AUGCACUUCACAACCACCACCAUCCUCGCCCUGGCUGCCACCCUCACCGGCGCGGUCCCCACGCCGGCGGGCCAGGCCAAGUCCAUGGUCGCCGACGUGCCGCAGUGGACCAUGACCGACUUCACCCGCACCUGCAACGACGCCGACACUGAGUGCAAGGUGCAGUUCGGCAUCGACACCAACGCCGGCGGCAACUCCACCGCCACGCCCUGCAGCUACAGCGUGACGGCCGAGUCCAAGGCCUCGCGCGCGUCCGUCGCCAACGUCGACUGCGGCAAGUACAAGGUCAGCUCGGGCUGGAGCGGCCAGUUCGAGGUCGGCUUCACCACCCUCUCCGUCGUCGACUCGGAGAAGAGGCUCAUCGUCUGGCCCGCCUACACCGACGAGCAGCUCGUCAACGGCAAGGCCGUCAGCCCGGACCAGAGCUACGCUCCCCAGACUCUGGGUUGA